AUGAAUAUAUUUGCAGAUUCUGAGGAGGAAGACAAUAACCCAUUCAGCGGGACGAACCAUCUUUAUGCCUCUGGCAUUGCUGCCGUAGCUGAUGGUGAAGAUGAUUUCAUCCCUAAGGGCAUCUUUGUGGAAGAGGAGGAGGAGGACGUCAGUGAAGUUGACAGUGGUCGCGAUAAAAGUGCUGUAAGCCACAAGCAAGAUGACGAAGUUCAUGACGAGUCUUUCGGAGCCAGUUCUUUGACUGCGAAUGCACCAUUUGAGCCUUAUGUGUCACUAUCUAUGUCGAUGGCCAACGGGAAUGCGGGUGCUGCCUUACCAGAGGAUAAUGCUGUGAUUAGCAUCCCCGAAGCUGGUGAUUACAAGGAUCCCUGGGGGAAACACGCCAUUGGCUACGUCAUCAAGUACCAGGGCAAGGAGAUUAUCAGAAGAUAUUCUGAAUUUGACACACUGCGACAGGCAUUGAUAAGAUUGUUGCCGACAAUAGUGGUUCCGCCUAUUCCCUCGAAACAUCCGUUGAUCAAGUACUUUCUAAGUCCUUUAUCAGUCGAGAACGACUCGAGGAUCAUAGAGAAGAGAAAAAGGAUGUUGGGGUCGUUCCUGAAUAACUGCCAUGCUAUAUGCGAAAUCAGGGACCAUAUAGUAUUCGCCAAGUUCCUGAAUCCGGAGUAUUCGUGGAAGAAUGUCUUGAACUCCCCACCAAUCGUGAUUUUACCAAUGAACAAUCUGCUGGCGCCACCUUUGAAUCCGACGAAACCAAGCCCGCUACAUCUAUUGCUGCCAGCUCAAACGGCGUUAUCAAGGCUGGAUCCGAAAGCGCACAAUGGGAGCAGCAUUGAGCUGGAGACGAAAUUUGCUCACCUGGAAGGGUAUCUAGCGAAAUACAAACAAGCGCUACAGCCUCUGCACAGGAUUCUUAGACAGCAUCGACUUCAUUUUCGCAAUUUAUCGGCGUUGUUCUCUGAGCUCGGGGCCUACUACAAUGCGUUCAGCUUGGAAGGUAAUGUCAUCACAUCGAAAUUGUCAGCCGCCCAAAUAAAACCGCUCUCAAACGGGAUAGAGAAGAUAGGACACGGAUUUGAUGUUAAUUAUGUGAGCUCCGAAAUCUUGGUUGAGAAAUUACUGACAGUGCUGGAAGAGCCAGCGAGCGAGAUACUGCAAUUUCUUGAGGAAUCACAAAGGGUACUUCUUUUCAGGAAGCUGAAGAAGUUGCAGUAUCAAAUAAUAGAAAAUACUCUGGCUAAAAGAGAGGCUCGAAUAAAGAGCUUGAAAGAGACUCAACAUCAGUUGCAAAGACUCGAAGAGGCCUUAUUGCAAAACGCAAGAGAAUCUCCAACGAUUGCCAAAGCCGUCAAGCAUCGAGAAUCUGGUAACCUCAGCGAAAAUGCAGACCAGAUUGAAUCUCAAAAUGCCGAGUCUGAACAACAGAAUCUAGGGCCCACGCAAUCCUCCCAUACGCAGCCGCCGAAGCCGAGGAAAAGAGACAAAGCCAGAAGAUCUGCUCGCUCAAGUGACAUGGAACCUCAUCUGUUGACCGAAGAAGAGAGACAAGAAGAGAUACAAAGGCUAUACAAAGAAGUUGAAAAACUAAACGAUUGUUUUGCGCUUAUUAAGAAAGACAUGGACGAAGUUAACCAAUCCUCGCUACGAAGCUUAUCUGCUCUAGUCGAAUACAUUGACAGGAAAUGGACUGUGAUGCUUAAAGAUUUCGCAAAAGCUAUGGUUUGCUGGCUAAGAGAGUGCUUAAACGCAUGGCAAAACGCAAGGCAGAUCGUCAGUGGCAUCGAGCCCUGA